GAAACACAACAAGUCAGAUACACAAUUUCAGUCUGUCUCAGGGAGCCAUGGAUAUCAAGUAUCUCCAAGAGCGGUACCAGAAAGGCAAAGUCUUUGUGACAGAUUUCAUGAACAAGGCACAUAGGUGUCCAGGCCUUCCACUAUCACAAGCCCACGCGGACCUUCUUCAGCACCAAAGAGAUGCAGAGAGAAACGACAGGUUGACCAUCAUGGUGCUGGAUGCGUCACUUUGGCCACGGCGCCCUUUGCAUUUGGACGAGGCAAUAGAGGUUGCGAAAACAAUCAGCAACGGCGAUGCGGCCGCUGUGUUGUUUGUAUUGCUUCCCCUCGCCCACGGUUCGACUGACAAAGAGACGGUGAUGAAGAACAAACGAAUCCUAGAGGAUAAGGUGCUGUCGGUCCUAGAGUUUCAGGAGGUGACACUCACGUUCAGCGAUUCCCAGCACGCGGGCGACAGACGUCGUCGCAGUCAGAGUUGCCUUUUGGCGGUGAGCCCAAUACACAAGAACUUUGCGUUCAUCAAGAGCAAAGCCUAUUUGGGCACCAUUGGCCCUGUCGCAAGGGCGAGAGUCAUGGAUUUAUGGACUGACGACGACGCCCGUGUGUGUUCCCCUCCUGGUCGGGCGCAGCAGCGAGGAGCAGAGGCAACAAAGCAAGUGCUGCAGGGUUUGGUCGAUGGGCUGGAGCGAGACCACGCCAACGCUUCGGUGUAUGUUGUCGACCUCAUGCCAUCACGGUAUGGGGAAUGGAGCCGCGCCGUUUGGUCCAUGCAGCUUGAGAAGCUCAAGGGCACGGCCCAGAGCGACUUUGACUGGCACUUUGUGGGUUACAUGACCCCAGAGGAUGGCGGCAGCGACGACUGGACGUCAUACAUUGGAAGCCAGAUUCAUCAGGACUAUUGGGACACAUGUGAUGACGCUGGACCGCCCACUCGCCCUCAAGCUGCCUUUACUGGAACACCGCCGACCAUGGAGCUCUGCACGAUUGGAGAGAACAAUGCGGUUGUGUUGCCGGAUGCUAUGCUUGCUGGCCUUGCGAGCAGUGGCGAAUCACUCUUGGCCAAGGUGAAGGCGUUCAACCACUCGCAUGACACUGCCAUCCUUACCAAUUUCCGCUCGCCAAGUUCAACGCCACAGACCCCAUCUCGGCCGGGACGGGGUGUGGCCCGCACCAUGGCGCAGCCAGUGUUUGACUCACCCAACGCUCCGAUGAAUCUAUCGCAGAUGGGAGUCCCGGUUCAGCUUUUGCCACUGGAGGACUUCCACAGUACCAUUGAGUUGGUGUCUCAUUGCGGUCAUCCUGUCCACAACCAGCUGCGCGUGUGCAUCGCCAAAGACCUCACCAUCUGGCUGUUGAAUGAGGGUGAUGCCCCUUUGGAAGUGGAGAGUGGAGAACUCUUCGGGUACAACAUUGGUUCUUCCACAGAGAAGGGCAUAGGAGUGGCCCGAACCAGUGUGAGAGAUGCCAUACCAUUCAUUGUGGAGGCAGACCAUACCAUGAUGGCAUUUGUUGACAGCGACGGCAAGAAGACAGGCCUAUGUUUUGCUCAAAUUGCAUGCAGGGCGGCCCAAAAAAGUGGGACGACUGAGUUGGUGCUAUGCGACCAUGAUCUUACCCAGCAGGUUGAUACCGAAGGCAACGUCAAGCCGUUCCGCUACACAGUGGCGCCCAAGGCCAAGGUCAAUGUUUUUGACCCGAAGCCCCUGGAGUCUGGAUUGGACCCGAUGGCGGCUCGGUAUUCUCAGAUGGGCGCUCAUUUCAUCGGCAAGUUCCACCAGUUGAGUUGCGCGCCAACCGCUUUGUGCAAGAUGCUUUGGGAG